AGAAAGCGUGUGGUAAAUACAACGCGGAGUGAGGUUAUACCACAAAUCACAAUAUUUUUAUAUUAUAAAUAGAAAAUGUCGUUUCGUGGUCGUGGCGGCGGCGGCGGCGGAAGAGGAUUUGGAGGCCGUGGUGGUGGUGGGCGAGGAGGUGGCGGAUUUCGCGGCCGCGGCGGCGGUGGCGGAGGCGGCUUCAGACACCAAGACGCGGGACCACCUGAAUCAGUCAUACCUCUAGGCCACUACGGCUGGACCGUGCAAGACGAUCUCGUUUGUAAAGUCGACAUUGAAGAUGUGCCUUACUUUAACGCGCCUAUCUUCUUAGAAAACAAGGAACAGAUAGGCAAAAUCGACGAGAUAUUCGGCAAUUUACGCGACUACUACGUGUCUGUAAAACUCGGAGAGAACAUCAAAGCGAAGAGUUUCAAGGAGGGACAGCAGUUCUUUAUAGAUCCGGCGAAAUUGUUGCCACUCAAGAGGUUCUUGCCUCAGCCACCUGGUGCAAAGCGCGGUGGUGGUGGCAGGGGCGGUAGAGGCGGUCGUGGAGGCGGCGGCGGCGGGUUCGGUCGUGGGGGUCGUGGCGGCGGUUUCAAUCGCGGCGGCGGCGGUGGCUUCGGCAGAGGCGGUGGUGGCGGCGGCUUUGGAAGAGGCGGUGGUGGAGGAGGCUUCAAUAGAGGAGGCGGUGGAGGUUUUAACCGAGGUGGACGAGGUCGGGGAGGUUUCGGAGGCGGCCGUGGCGGAAGAUAGUGAUAUACCUAGUUAUAAGUUUAUUGACAUUUUCAAUGGUAUGGGUAUAGCCCUUGCUACAUGCGGUUUUGAUAACUACAAUGAAUAUGUUUAUUGUAUGGUUUAUAUUAUAUAAGCUGUAGAGUUAACUUUUGUAUGUAAAUACCAUAUAUGUUUUUUGAAAAUUGUUUAUCUUGUGUAGCAUAGGGCUAUAUGUUAUAUCUUUAUUUUAAUAAAUAUAUAAGACCA